AUGGGUGAAGAAACAGAUGCUGAUGUGGUCGGCCCUGUACUCCCCACAACGUCUACGAUAUCGGAACAUCAAUGGAAACUCAACGCGGUCCACGAGCAUGAUGCCGUGGGUUACCGUGAAUACGUCGAGGGUCUCGAUAUUGAGGUCACGGACAAGGAAGCCCGUCGGAUCCGCUGGAAGAUUGACCUCAUCGUUCUUCCAAUAUUUCUCGUCACACAAGCGCUGCAGUUUAUGGAUAGAACGGCACUGAACUAUGCGAACCUCUUCGGAUACCAGACAGCUUUAGGAUUGAAAGGCCAGGAGUUCAACUACUUAUCUGCCAUCGUAUACGCCGGCUAUUUCUUCGGCCAAUAUCCGUGUGGUUGGUUGGUUGGCCGAUACCCUGCCCAGAGGGUCAUCGCGGUCGCGAUCUUCCUAUGGGGGGCAAUGGUGCUAAUCUUAACCCAAUGCCGUACAUUUUCGAGUGCGCUAGCCGUGAGGUUUAUUUUAGGAAUGUUUGAAGCGGCCGUCACUCCCGGGCUAACUCUGAUGACCGGCUUCUGGUGGACAAGGCGUGAGAUCCCUCUGCGGCAGUGCAUUUGGUACUCCUCAUUGGGCUGGGGUGGCAUCGUUGGCUCAUACAUCUCCAUGGGCAUCUCAACCCUGCCAGCUAUCAUGACACCUGAGAGAUGGGAGCUUAUCUUCUAUAUUCUCGGAUCCGCCACAUGUCUCUGGGCAUUUGUCGUAUACUUCGUCUUGCCUGAUACCCCAUCAAACGCACGCUUCUUCAACCAUCGGGAACGGAUCGUAGCAGUGAAGCGGGUUGCAGGUAACGAAACCGGAAUCAAGAAUAAGGCUUUCAACAAGCAGCAAGCCAUACUUGCGUUCUACGACCCAAAGACGAUCAUUCUCUUCAUCUCUGUCUUCGCAGCGGCUAUUCCUAAUGGGGUGGUGAACAGUUUCUCUACGGUCAUCAUCCGGGAUAUGGGGUUCUCGACAACCAUGACAACGGAACUAAAAUCGGUAGGAGAUGCCGUCCAAAUCAUCGCGUUGUUGAUUGGCGGCACGAUCACUUUGAAUGUUCCGAACAGUCGACUUUUGACUUCGACUGGGGCAAAUAUCCUUUGCACGGUGACAGCAGCACUGACAGCUUAUCUUCCACGAUCCAAUACGUGGGGAAGACUCGUAAGCUUCUGGUUGGUUAAUGCUCAGUCUGUGGGCUUCACCGUCUCGCUGACGACAAUUUCUUCAAAUAUGGCCGGCUAUACUCACCGAUCCUUUGCCAGUGGCUUGAUAUUCACGGCUUAUUGUUGGGGCAACUUUGCAGGCCCAUUCGUUGUCAAGGAAUCUGAGGCUCCCGAUUAUAAAGGCGCGACAGUAGGGUUACUUGUCGGAUACUCUAUAAAACUUGGUUGCCAUCUAGCACUAUUGGCAUACAUGUGGCUGGAAAACCGUCGAAGAGACCGAAUCUAUGGCCCUGCGCACAAAGACAGCUCAGACGAAGCUGGAAUGCAAGACAAGACCGAGUUUGAGAACAAGGACUUUCGCUAUGUAUUGUAA